AUGUAUUUAGUUGCAUGCAAAAGAACGAAAUUUAAGGCUUUCAUGAUUACGCGCGACUCUACCGAGGACACCUGUGGUGUCGGUUGUCAAACAGUUCCUCCAGAGAUUCGUGCUCGUGGUCCUCUAGCUUUAGAAGCCUACAACAAUGCCUUGGCAGAGGGUCAAACUUGUGUAAAGAGAGUGCCGUUGAUGUUUGUUGGACAGGAUCGGUCAGGAAAGACUAGCCUGAAGAAGUCCUUGAAAGGGAUUUGUUUCAACCCAGAUGAGGAUAGCACCGUGGGCAUCGAUGUCGAUAACUACCAUUUCAAAGUUACCACCGAAAUAUGGAUGACAGGAAAAAAGGAUCAAGACGAAAUAGUCGAUGAGAACUUAAUUUCGUUUGAGCAUAACGCAGCUCGGUGGAUUGCAGAUAAAUUGAUGGCGGAAGAAAACGUUGCUGAUGUCACAGGAACAGGUAUUACCAAGUCAGAACAUUAUGAUGACUUUGAAGAAACUGACACCUUAGAGGGAAGAUACCCCAGUGAGACAACAAGUUACACGGACCCAUCGGAAUCACCUAGAAAUCCAGCAUACGCUCAUCCUUCGCACGGUGAACCUCCUUUAACAAAUAAAGAAGAACAUGAUUUAACUCCAACAAAGUACGGGGAAGAUAUAAUCAACCGCACCUCAAGAAAGGUGCCGGAAUUUGAAGACAUUGCCAAGUUAAUUCAACAGAUCCUUCAAGAUGAUUUGGAAGACGAUAGAGAAGAUAUUCACUCAAUUAUGUGGGACUUUGCUGGACAGUCUGUUUACUACGUGACACACCCAAUCUUUCUUACAAGAAGGGCAAUCUACUUUUUGGUCUAUGACUUAAGCAGAAAUCCAAGCGACAAAGCCAUACCUCUGGUGAGGCAAGGAGUUUAUAGAGAAAUUGAAGAUAAAAGUAAUUUAAAAACGAAUAUGGAUUACCUAGUGUUUUGGAUGAGUUCCUUGGCUUCCUUGGUGGAACCGAAUAAUCCUCCGUAUGUGAGCCCCGAAAUGGAGGUGCUUCCAAAGAAGCUUCCGGCUGUUUUCCUGGUGUGCACUCAUGCUGACAAACCAUAUUGUAACCGUAAUUCUUCUGCACUAGCCAGAGAAAUAUUUGGUUAUUUAAAAACCAAGCCAUAUGGUGCCCAGUUGUUUGACGUGUUUUGUGUUGAUAACACUAAGUCAGGCACUGAAUCUGAAUGUCAAGAAAUCAUGCGAAAUCAGUCACGCUCAUUUCGCGUAAUUGCUUUAAAAUACCAUUCGUUAUUAUUAACGACUCACUUUAUUUACCAGCAGGUGGUGACUGGUCAACGUUAUGAGAGACCUAACUUGAAAGGGAUCUCUGAUGGUUGCCAGAAGAAAUUAUGUGUGUUACCCGGAAAAGCUGUAGCAUCUAUUCAGCCACAAGGACCGAGUGUAGGCUGUGAAAGUGACAUGUUGCCAGUUCCUUUUGCACAAGGUGGGAAGCCAGGAUAUUGUCAAGUCCAGCCCCUCGUGGCUGAACACUUCGAAGGAGAAUUUAACCAACUCCAAGAUGCUGUUCAUGAGAGCAAAGGAACAGUUGUUCUUGUUUCAGGGGGGUAUGGAGAAAAAUCUCUUGUCCUACCUUGCGAUGUUUCCCAGUCUCUCCAGUCUGAGUCGGUCCCUCCAGAAGAUGUUGUUUGUAAACUGCUGGAUCUUCCAUCGCUGAAAGCUCCAGCACCAGAGGAUAGGAAAUGGAUCCGUUGCCUUAUGAGGGAUGCUAAGGAUUGUGAUAGAACUGAUGUGGUUACUUUCUUGAGAAAAAAUGCGCCAGCGGGUACAACAGGAUGUUCAUACUUUCAGUGUUGCUUCUCCUUUACAAAUGAGCAUAACUCUUCUACAUACCAUGUUACUGACUUUUCAGGAGGCGAUGAAUGGAAGAUUGUUGCUGACAAACUGGGUUUCGAAGAUGCGUACAUUCGUUGUUUUGACCAACGUUUUAAAAACCCUGUUGAUCUUAUUUUACAGCACUGUAAAUUAGAUGUGGGACAACUCUACGACGUGCUGGUCGAAUGUGAGUUUCCUGCACUCGCGGAUUUGUUGUAGGAGGAACCAGUUUUUCCUCGUGCAUUCUAUUUGUUCAAGGUUUUAAUUCACGAGCUAUGAUCAAACGGAGUGUAUGGCUACGUAAUAGGUGUUUAGUUGUGUUCGUUAAGUAUUUAUACUCUCGCGGGAUGAAUUGUUAAAACUAGAUGCAUCCAAAGAAGAUAGAAGCUCCAAGAAAUAGAAUAUUAAGUAGCUAGUGAUAUGUAUUUAGUUGCAUGCAAAAGAACGAAAUUUAAGGCUUUCAUGAUUAAGCGCGACUCUACCGAGGACCCCUGUGGUGUCGGUUGUCAAACAGGUUUUACUCUUAUCCAUCGAUCAAUAUCAUUGGUCAUGUACUACGUGUUAUUUUUCGACUUAUGUGAUAUGUGGUGGUCACAAAAUAUCAUUUGAUGGCCUGAAAACUGAUGUAAAUUAAAUGGAAAAUAUAAUCCGCCAACCAAUCCGCCAAAUGUUUGUUAAAUUUGAGAUAGUUGCUGGUUCACCAAAAAACAAAAAAGAAAAACUCCCCCAGAGCAAGAAAAAAGAAAAUUGUGAAUAACCGACUCGUGUAUAUUUUAAAGGAAGUUUUCUGCCUCUAAGAUUUGAUUUGUAAUCUUAUAUUGUCUACUUUUAUAUCUGGCAUUCCUUGUAGAUGUAGUUAAAAAAUUGCUUCAUUGCACAAGCGCCGACCAUUCCAUGAAAGGUAGCGCAAAGGUGGUGUAAGUAGCAGAUAUCAUAACCCAUCUGUAGCUUUUUGCGCAAUUUUAAAGGCUACUUUAUGUCACUUGGUGCAAAAUCAUGGGAAAGUUAUCACGCAUCAACUCCCGUUUGCGUCAAUAGUUUUCUUCGGUUAUUUCCAAUAACAGAAAAAGUCAGCGGGAAAAGGUGGCUCAAGAAUUUUAUCAAGAAAUAUUUGAUAUUUUACAUGGAGAUAAACAAUCUCUU